GCCUGGGAAUGUGGCGGCGGCGGCGGCUGUGAGCCCUCCCCUCGGCCCGGCCGCCAUGGAGCCGCGGCGGUGACAGCGCCGUUCCGCAGCGCCCGCCGCGAGCGGGGCCGCCGCCCGCGGACAUGGAUGAACAAGAGGCUUUGCAGUCCAUCAUGAAGGACCUGGUGGCACUCCAGAUGGGCAGGCGUCACCGGCUGCCUGGGUAUGACACCAUGAAGAACAAAGACACUGCUCACUCCAACAGACAGAAAAAACACAAUGCCAGCAGUCCCCCCCUCUUGGGCAGCCCUGCAAUAAUGAACCAGUGUGCCUCUGCAGUGGAAGAAAAAAAAAUCCCGAAUGAUGUCAGGAUAAAGUUUGAGCAUAAUGGGGAGAGACGGAUUAUCCCGUUUGUCCGGCCCGUGCGCUACGAAGACGUGCAGCAGAAAGUGAAAACUGCCUUUGGGCAGCCCCUGGACCUCCACUACAUGAACAACGAGCUGUCUAUUCCUUUGAAAAACCAAGAUGACCUGGAUAAAGCUGUGGAUCUCUUAGACAGGAGCUCAAAUGUGAAAAGCCUGAGGAUACUAUUGCUGUCCCAGGACAGAAACCAUACCAGUUCUUCACCCCAUUCUGGACUGCCCAAGCAAGUCAGGAUUAAAACUUCCCAGUCUGUAGGGGAUGUGAGCACACCCUAUCAGCAGCCAGAACCCAGAAGCAGGCAUCUAUCUGUCAGCUCCCAGAGCACGGGCCGGAGCUCGCCCCCGCCCGGCUACGUGCCCGAGCGGCAGCAGCGCAUCGCCCGCCAGGGCUCCUACACCAGCAUCCACAGCGAGGGCGAGUUCAUCCCCGAGACCAGCGAGCAGUGCAUGCUGGACCCUCUAAGCAGUGCUGAAAACUCAGUGUCAGGAAGCUGCCAGUCCUUGGACAGUCCUUCUUUUCGGAAGUCACGGAUGUCAAGGGCACAAAGCUUUCCUGACAAUAGACAGGAGUUCUCAGACCGUGAGAAUCAGAUCUAUGACAAAGCGGGCAAGGGUGGGACCUACCCUCGGCGCUACAACGUCUCCAUGCAGCACAAGGACUACAACGACGGCCGGAGGACGUUUCCCCGGAUACGACGUCACCAAGGGAAUCUGUUCACCUUGGUGCCUUCCAGCCGUUCCUUGAGCACCAACGGGGAGAACCUGGGCCUGGCGCUGCAGUACCUGGACCCCCGGGGCCGCCUGCGGAGUGCCGACAGCGAGAACGCGCUGGGCGUGCAGGAGAGGAACAUUGCCACCAAGUCUCCGAGCGCCCCGAUAAACUGGCGCCGAGGAAAGCUGCUGGGCCAGGGCGCCUUCGGCCGCGUGUAUUUGUGCUACGACGUGGACACGGGCAGGGAGCUCGCAGCUAAGCAGGUCCAGUUCGAUCCAGAGAGCCCUGAAACAAGCAAGGAGGUGAGUGCGCUGGAGUGUGAAAUUCAGCUGCUGAAGAACCUCCAGCACGACCGUAUUGUGCAGUAUUAUGGCUGCUUAAGGGAUCGAGCAGAGAAGACCUUGACCAUCUUCAUGGAGUACAUGCCAGGGGGGUCAGUGAAAGACCAGCUGAAGGCUUACGGGGCCCUGACGGAAAACGUCACCCGGAAAUACACGCGGCAGAUCCUCGAGGGCGUCUCGUACCUCCACAGCAACAUGAUCGUGCACAGGGACAUCAAGGGUGCCAAUAUUCUCCGUGACUCUGCUGGGAAUGUGAAGCUUGGGGACUUUGGGGCCAGCAAACGUCUGCAGACAAUCUGCAUGUCGGGGACAGGCAUCCGCUCUGUCACGGGCACCCCGUACUGGAUGAGCCCGGAGGUGAUCAGCGGGGAAGGCUACGGCAGGAAGGCGGACGUGUGGAGCCUCGGCUGCACCGUAGUGGAAAUGCUGACAGAGAAGCCCCCCUGGGCAGAGUACGAAGCCAUGGCAGCGAUCUUCAAAAUCGCCACCCAGCCCACCAACCCCCAGCUCCCCUCCCACAUAUCAGAACAUUGCCGGGACUUCCUAAAGCAGAUCUUUGUGGAAGCCAGGCACAGACCCUCUGCUGAAGAGCUGCUCAGACACCAGUUUGCACAGCUCCAGUACUGAAUUACCUCCCUUGCUCGCAGCUCCUGCCGGGCUUUCCGUGCCCUGUCUUGUCUAGUUGCAACUGCCCGUUGUGGUGCUGCAUCUUCAAAAUGCCAACUCAGCCAGGCCUAGUCCUUUGGGAAGUUCUGCCAAGGAACUUGGGGUCUGCUCUCGUGCCUGAUUCCUUCGUUUGCUGGACUAACGUUUGUCCUGCCAACAGCUGUCCAAGCAGAGCUGCAUUUUUGCUCUGGGUUGCCUGGAUGUGACGUUGCAGCCUGGCUGCGUGUUUUCUGCAGGCGCAGGAAGGGGAGUCUGACAAGUGUCAUCACUGAUUGAACACGGCAGAAAUCUGAUCCCAGGUGGGAGCUGGAAGAGCUCCACUCUUCAGCAAAACAGAAACAUGCAGCAGCCUCCAGACCAGCUCUGCCUGUGGUGGUCCCUGCUUUUCCUCUCCUGAGGCUCCAGAGGCGUCUCCAGCGCCUGAAUCCAGCCGAAAGCCAUGUGUCACGGAGCAUGCACUCGCUAUAGUAUGGUAUCUUUUUCUUCUUGAGUAUUCAGCAUCUGAAGGUGUUCAGAAGAUACUGAUUCAAAAGUAUGUGAAUAGUGUUAUUUUAUAAUGAACCCGUGGAUUUGGGGCUGGGGGUGAGGGGGGUCUUUCCAGCUAAAUGUCAGGAUAAUCAGAGAAUUUCAGCAGAAUACAAUCACUCCAGGGCCUGAGGGAAGAGCUCUCCCAUUAAUGUUGGAAAAUCUGGAGCUAGGUUUGAUCUGUCCCAGCAUUAGGACAGUGCCAGUUAGUUUGUGUCAUACCAAACAAAUCUGUGCUUCUGCUUCCUCUCUCUGGGGCUGCUGGGUCCAAACAAAACCCCUCUGGAAGGGAAUUCAGUGGAAUUCAGUUUCCUCCUGCAUCUGCCUCUUUGGCUGGUAACUUUUUACCAUCCUUUUAACCAAAGAUAGUCCAUCUGGUGCCCAGGAAAUUACUUGAGAGUUUCUUUGAGCACAUGGCCUAAUGAGGGUUUCUUGGGGAGGAUUACCUGGACACUUGUGCUGAGCACAGGAAGCUGGAAUCGAGCUCAACCCUUUGCUGUGCGUAGUUUGAAUUACAGGUGUGCAAGUGAUCAUUUAAGAGUUCCAUAAAAAUGUUAUGGCCUAACUUAAAUAAGCUUUUGUAGGAGUCAGGUCAAACAGAGAACCUCAGACAACAUUUAUAAUGAUAGCAAAUAUCUAAAAUUACCCGGAGAUCCUCAUGCAGAUACCAGCAAAACAUAUCCAAGUGAUUGUGCACUUGGAAGAUAGCCCAAGUCAGAGGACUGAGCUAUCUCUGUGCUGAUUUGGGCACUAAUAAUCUUUAUUUCACUAGUGAAAGACCAGCAGUUUUUAAGUGCUGGGGAUUCAUGGAGUUAUCUCUGAGAAAUUAAACUAAGAAAAGCAAAUAUUAACUAAAAUAUUGCUUUAUAGGGCAACACUGGAGGUGUUCUACUCUUGUAUUGGAAACCAUAUUAAGGUUCCACACACCUUCACUCUUCUCCCCCAUAAAAAAUUGAAAAUUGCUUCAUAAUGCAGUAAAA